CUUAAGAUGAUAUGUGGGAAAGAAUCUGCCGUUGACGAAUUGGCUCAAUGAACCAGGAAAAUGAGUGAUUAUCGUGCGCUGCUGUUGACUAUUUCGAAUCAUUUGACGUCUUCAGAUGUAGAUGGGCUUAAAUAUCUCUGCCGAGAAGUUAUUCCAGCCGGACGCGCAGAGAAAAUUACUCGUGCAUUCGAGUUCUUCUCCGAGCUCGAACGCCUGAACUUGCUUUCGGAAGAGAAUCGAGAUUUCUUGGCUUCAAAACUGAUUGCUAUCAAUAGGAAUGAUCUGAGGAAUAAGCUGUUAGGGAUUCAAGAAAACCAUAGUGUUUCACAGAGGAGUCAUGGACCAGUAGCGUCACAGCCAAGUGUACCAAAUAGCUGGGAUAACAAGCCUAUUCCUGAAGAAUUAGUUUAUGAUCUUGUUGAAGAUCUGAGCGUAAGCUGGAAAAUGUUGGGAAGGCGUCUCGGCCUAGCAGAAGGUGUCAUAAGCAACAUUGACUCAGAACAUCAGAAAGUUGUAGAAAAAGGUGUGGCAAUGUUUGAAGUGUGGAAAAGCAGAAAAACUGGUGAUGCAACAAUGAAAGCAUUACGGAAAGGCCUUGAGCUUAUAGGAAGACGAGAUUUGUCGGAGAGAGUCAGAGAUUUUGCACUGAAGAAGCUGCAAGAAGAAAUGGAUGCUGCUGUGGAACAUGAACAUCAGAUUGAAACAGCAGAACAAAGGCCUUUUCCAAGCUUCAAUGACGUGGCCCAUGCUUUGCCAAGUUAUCCUCCGCAACAUUUCCCUGGAGAGCAAACUGGGGAUAGUAGCCUGAGACCACUUCCACCCGACCAAUCUGGUUGGACUCCAUCAAAUCAAAACUUUCCACCUUUCUCUGCUCCACCGGUCGCCACAGGUGGUUUGGAUCCAUCCAAUCAAAUAUUUUCCUUCACGGCAGAACAGAAGCCUUUUGCAAACUUAAUUGUUGAGGGCCAUGCUUCACCAAAUUAUUCAUCACAACAAUUCCCUGGAAUGCAAAACUUUUCAUCUUUUUCUGCCCCGCCAGUCGCUACAAGUGGUUUGGAUCCAUCCAAUCAAGUAUUUUCCUUCACAGCAGAACAGAGGCCUUUUGCAAACUUCAGUGAUGUGGGCCAUGCUUCACUAAAUUAUCCUCCUCAACAAUUCCCUGAAAGGCAAAACUUUCUACCUUUCUCUGCCCCGCCAGUCGCCGCAAGUGGUUUGGAUCCAUCCAAUCAGAGACUUCCACUCUGGACCCACUCUUUAACCCCAGCAUUCCCAUCUGUUAGUGCAUCUCAAAGGCCCCCAGUGCCUCCAACUGUUGGCAAUGUAGCACCCCAAGCAAGUAUGGCUGCCUCGGGUUACAGUAAUCCUUCUCCUUCUAUCCCCACAGCUUCUGUAACAGGUCAGCUUCGUCCUUCCAGUGAUGCAAUAAAUCAAAGGUCACAGGCUGCUUCAACUCGCGCCAACCCAUCCCUUCGUUACCCUGUACAAAUCUCUCAACCCAGCAUGGACCCAGCUGCCUCAGGAUUCAGCAAUCCUCAACCUUCCAUCCCCACUGAAGCUGUGGCAGGUCAGAGUAAUCCUCCCAAUAAUGCAUCAAAUCAGAGGCUACAUACUGAUUCAACACUGGCUGACCCAUCCCUUCCUUAUCCGGUGGAAAUCUCUCAACCCAGACUUGACCCAGCUGCUUCAGGAUUCAGUAAUCCUCAACCUUCCCUCUCCACAGGAGCUGUAGCAGGUCAGAGUAAUCCUCCCAAUAAUGCAUCAAAUCAGAGGCUACAUACUGAUUCAACACUGGCUGACCCAUCCCUUCCUUAUCCGGUGGAAAUCUCUCAACCCAGUGUAGGAAAUCCCUCUCUUCAAUCUCCUCCUCUAGCUUCUCCAUCUGGAAAUGAACUUCUGGUAGACUUGACGUCAACAGAUGCUGAAGAACAGGAGCCUCCUGGUUCAACUUCAAGACAGAUGCUGCAGCCCCCUGCGCCAUGGGGGUCUGCUGGACAGGAUGUCAAAGAUCAUCCUUCUAAUGGAGGAAUGGAUGGCUCAGUGAAUGCUGAUCUCAAAGCACAGCUUUCCACUAAUGGUAACUAUUUGGAUCCUGAGAAGUAUGACCCUAUCAAAUUGAUAGGGUCUGGAGGUUUUGCCAAGGUGUACCUCUGUCAGUGCAGAAAGACUGGCAAAAGAAUGGCUGUUAAGAUGUGUGAUCUUGGUACAAACCACAGUGAAACUCAAAAGCAAACAAAAGCAGUUGAAAAUGAAGUUAAAGUUCUUUCAGCUGUGAAGCACAAAUUUAUUGUGCAGUUCUUCUACACAGAGAAAAAUCGAAAUACCAUGUUGUUGUUUCUGGAGUACAUGGAAGGGGGUUCUUUGGAGGACAUGCUAAGAUAUAAAGGGCCCUUGGAUGAACUGCUUGUCAGGAAGUUUACCUGGCAAAUCCUUAUUGGACUUGAAUUCCUCCACAACAAUGGAAUUAUCCACAAGGAUAUCAAAGGUGCAAAUAUUCUGCUAGACAGGCAACAACAAAACAUAAAAAUUGUGGACUUUGGUAUCUCAAAAGUCAUGACUGUACUGAAAACUGUCACAGGGGGAAGGAUGACUAAGGGUAACGUGGCUUCUUUUCAUUGGACAAGCCCGGAAAUGCUUUCUGACCAACCCUAUGGAAGGAAAACUGAUAUUUGGAGUGUGGGUUGCACAGUGGUCGAAAUGCUGACAACCAAACCGCCUUUGUUUGAUGACCACUUAGAGAUGCCGACCAAAAUGUUUAAGAUCGUCAACCACCAAGUAGAACCACCAAAGGACUGUACAUCCUUAGCUUUUGGAUUUCUUAAGAAAUGUCUCAGCAAGCAAGAAGUUCGUCCCACUGCUACGGUGCUGUUGAAAGACGAUCCUUUCGUGCAGUUUUCACCAGAGGAAAUGAGGGCAGUUUUUUGAAUGUCUCGGCAGAGAAGGCUUGACCGCGUUGGUUGUGAUAAUGUGUUAGGUCGUGUUAUUGAGACUUGACUUCAAGAAACUGUAUCUUGUGUAACAAGAACUACAUGAUCAGUUGAUCAGUUACGACAUAUUUAAGACGUACGGGAUCCAUCUGUGCGUUGACAAUUUUUGGAUGCUCUUUGAUCUCGACUCAAGGAAUGAAAUUCGUUGCCAAAUAUCUUUUUUAAUGAGAUGAAGAACGACCACCAUGGAAAAGUAAUUUUUAUUUCGCGGUGGAAAGAAAUUAAUGGGAUUUGUUAUCGAGAGACGCUAGGCAGCGUAGCCCCUACCUCCCAACACCUGAUUCGUAGCUCUCACUUCCAAGGACCAUAUAUUUCUUUGUAAAUUAUUGAAGAGAAUUGGGUAUUCUAUCAAGUUUGUAUUCUC